CUUUGAUGACAAUUCUCUCUUGAUAAUAUAUUGAAAAUUGUAAAUAUAUUUGCAGAACAAACACAAACGACCACAUGAGCUCUUCCAUCCCCAUGAACGCAGAAGGGUAAACCACUCAUUUCAAAUUGAUAAAUCUCAGAAAAGAGAACUGUUUCUUGGUGAUAACACUACAGCACCAUCUACUUUCUUCUGCCGGGAAAUGACGACAUCGUCUUCUCUAUCCCUCUUAUCCUCACUCCUUCCAUCUCCUCUGCCGGACGCCUCCACUCCACCGGUCAGGAUUGCUACGAGCAGGCAUCAGCUGCUCUUCGUCCGGUGCGCCCUAACAGCCGGCGCCUCUCACUCCGCAGUGGCCUCGCCGAAGAAAAGGCACUGGAAGCAAGGGGAGUUCCCUGGAACUACUGAACCUUCAGUCCUGAAGAAUAAGAGAACUCUCAGAAAGAACAUCAAGAAGAAAUUGGCUAGAGAUAACACAGUCAAGCCAUGGGCCAACACUGUCACUGAAGCUCUCUCCGAUUGCAUCGAGAAAAAGCAGUGGUUCCAAGCAGUUCAGGUUUUUGAGAUGCUGAGGGAACAAAAGUUUUAUCAGCCAAAAGAAGGAUCAUACAUGAGGCUUCUUGUUCUUCUUGGUAAAUGUGGGCAGCCAAGUCAAGCUCAGAGACUAUUCAACACAAUGAUCGAAGAAGGUUUGGAGCCCAGUACGGAACUCUACACAGCAUUACUUGCUGCAUACUCUAGAAGCAAUCUGAUUGAAAAGGCACUCGCGGUUCUUCAAGAAAUGACCAAAGUGCCCCUUUGUGAGCCUGAUGUUCACACAUACAGUAUAUUGAUCAAGGCUUGUGUUGAUGGAUCCCGGUUUGAUCUACUUGAAUCCCUUUAUCAAGAAAUGGACGAACGAUCUGUAUCUCCUAACACAGUCACUCAAAACAUAGUCUUGAGUGGGUAUGGUAAGGCAGGGAAAUACGAAGAGAUGGAGAAGGUGCUGCUUAGCAUGCUCGAAAGCGAUUCAUGCACACCUGACGUAUGGACCAUGAAUACCAUCCUGAGUUUGUUUGGAAACAAAGGCCAAAUUGAAACAAUGGAGAAGUGGUAUGAAAAGUUUCGUGAUUUUGGAAUCGGUCCAGAGACACGAACAUUCAACAUCCUAAUCGGAUGUUAUGGCAAAAAAAAGAUGUAUGAUAAGAUGUCAAUGGUGAUGGAAUACAUGCGAAGACUCUCAUUUCCAUGGACAACAUCGACAUACAACAACGUUAUAGAGGCUUUCUCAGACGUUGGUGACACAAAGCACAUGGAGUAUACCUUUGACCAAAUGCGUAGCGAGGGCAUGAAAACCGACACAAAGACCUUCUGUUGUCUCAUUAGAGGGUAUGCUAACGCAGGCCUUUUUCAUAAGGUGAUUAGUGUCGUUCAGUUGGCUGGGAAAUUGGAAAUCCCAGAAAACACGUCAUUCUUUAAUGCACUUAUAUACGCUUGUGCAAAGGCAGAUGAUAUAAUGGAGAUGGAGAGAGUUUUCCAGAGGAUGAAAGAAAAGCAAUGGCAACCAGAUUCCUUGACGUAUUCUGUCAUGAUCGAUACAUACAGAAAAGAGGGCAUGACUGAUAAGGCCUAUGAAUUGGAGCAAGAAAUAAAGAUGGUAGCUGAUGAUUCUUGUUAUUUUGCUGAUGAUAAUAAUAAUGAAGCGGAAAGUGUUGUUAGUUUGCAACGGACUUAAAUUUCUCCUAAACUGGAGGACAGUCACACCAUGUUAUGAAGGAAUUAUAUGAGAACCCAUGAGGUGUCCAUAGAAGCUAGACCUUGAUUGCGAAUUCGCAAUGGGAAAAGGGGGCGAGGUUUCCAUCUCGCUGCAGCAGCCUCCAAAGCAUCAAAGCAUGACAUCAAGCUUUUCAUUCGAUAUUGGACGGUCAAGAUUUCUUUCAUUUACUGUGAUCUACAUCUUGUAAGUUCAAUGUCACACUUCGAACACACAAUCAAUCAAGUGCUGUUGUAUUUAGCAUAAAUUGUUUGUAUGUACAAGACCCUCUGCUAUAUAUGCUUUGUCAUAAGACAAAGGAUCACAAUAUCACUUUUAACAGGAAAGCUAUACCAAUACAAUAUGAUACACAGAAGGUGGGACAAAUUUUAUUUGGACCCAAGUAGUACUCAACCAUAGCAAUACUC